GAUGCUCUAAGUCUUUAUUUUUCUUGGAAGUCAAUGGCUAGGUAGAGGUAGAGGGAACCGGAAGUUCCAGAUCUCCCGUCUGGUGAUUUCUUUGAGCCGCUCUAAGCUUUUUUUCCACAAUCCUCCUCAAUUGAGCCACUCUUUUCCCCGGCGACGCUAUUAGCCCUAAACGCCGACUCCUUCAAGAAGGUCAAGCUUUUCCUCUCUCCGACUAAAUCCAUAUAGUGCUUGACAACUUUCAUCUGAUACACGAAAGGUUCUUAGAGAGCAACUUGGCCAUUGUUGGCGGCAGUGUAUGGUUAGUGAGGAAGGAUGUGAGGAGAUUGGAACAGCAGUAUUCCAUAUUACCCUUCUGAUAACAUGACUGAUAAAAUGCCUCAAUGAAGGAGGAGUACUGGGGAUAAUGUACUAUUUAGGGCCUUUGCUACCAUAGCCUGUGCUGCUAUGCAGAGUGCCGCCUUUGGAUUUCAGAGCAUAGGUUCUUAUGAAUGUAGAUAUUAAUGCAGACACAUCAAUGUUGCACGCAAAGAAGAUAUAAUUCAAUGAGUGGCCAGUUUGGAGAUAUGUUGGAGGCAUCAGUUUCUAAAAUAUGUUCGAGUGCGGCUUCUGCUAUAGGUUCUGCAGUGGGGAAGGAGUUCUACGACCGUGGGAAACAGAUUUUCACUCAAUUGAGGCGCAAAGCUGAUAAUGAAGCUGAAAAUGAUCUAGAAGACAACCAUGAAAGGUUAAGAAAACAAGCAAAGAAGCUGUAUGCCAGAAGGGAUGAUAUAUUGGCUCUAACAAAGACAAAGCUAGUCACUCAAGCAUGUGAAGCUUGGAUUUCUAGGGUCAUGAAGAGUGAAAAAGAGGUGAGAGAACUUGAAAUCAAGUACGAUAUUGAAAAAAGUAAUAAAAAGAGACGGAGUGGGGAUGGGUCAAGUGAGUUACACACAGAUCUUAGCAAAAGAAUGGCAGAGAAGUGCAAUGAACUGUGUAAUCUUUGCUUAGAGGAAAAUUCUAAGAUACGAAUGCUGGUUGAGAAAUUGCCAGAGCGUGUGAUAAUUAUGCGUGGACCCAAACCAGAAGACAAGCAAUUUCUCCACUCAACUGUUGAAGAAAUAUUGGGCCAUUUAAGAGAUAAGGAUGCAAAAAGAAUCGGACUUUGGGGAAUGCCGGGAAUCGGGAAAACAACCAUAAUGAAGUGCUUAAAUAACAAUGAAGAUACUGCUAAAAUGUUUGAUAUUGUUAUUUGGGUAACUGUAUCAGAGCAUUUGAGUUUAGAAAAGUUUCUACACAAAAUUGCAGAUCGGUUAAAAUUGAAUGUGGAAGGCAUCACUGAUCCUGAUGAAAUUUCUCAACAAAUAUGGAGAGAGUUAAAAGGAAAAAGGUAUCUACUUCUUUUGGAUGAAGUUUGGGAAUGUCUUGAUCUAUCUCUGAUAGGAAUUUAUGAAAGUGAAAAUAGCAAGGUGGUCUUGGCAACUAGAUAUUCACAUGUUUGUAGUGAUAUGGGUACUGAUAUUGAAAUUAAAGUGCAACCAUUGUCUAAACUUGACGCAUGGGAAAUGUUCAAGGCAAAGGUGGGUCGAAAUUUUAAUAUUCCAGAUGUUGAAGAAAUAGCCCUUAAAGUCGUCAAACAAUGUGUUGGUUUGCCGCUCUUGAUAGACAAGGUAGCAAGUAAUUUUAGAAGAAUGGAUAGUAUUCAACUCUGGAGAGAGGGAUUAAGUCGUUUUCAAAAAAAUUGGCCAAGUAUCAGAAUCGAAGGCAUUGAUGAAUUGAUUGAGUUCUUAAAGGUUUGUUAUAAAUUAUUAAAUAAGGAUGAAAAGGAUUGCUUUCUGUAUUGUGCAUUAUAUAUUGAAGACUAUGAGAUCUGUAUAGAUCCUCUGUUGGAAUGCUGGACAGUUGAAGGUUUCAUUUGUGAUGCAAAUGGUUUUAGAGUUGCACGUGAUAAAGGGCAUUCAAUAUUGAAGGAACUUAUCAACGUGUCUUUGCUAGAGAAGUGUGAAAAGAUGAACUUUGUAAGGAUGAACAAAUUAAUAAGGAAUAUGGCACUUGACAUUUCUUAUAAAACACGUAAAUUUAAUAUUUUCGUGAAAUCCCAUGAAGGGUUGCAAGAGCCCAGUGAGGUGGAAUGGAAACAAGCAAAUCGAAUCUCCUUGAUGGAUAGUAAAUUGUGCACUUUACCGGAAAUGCCAUAUUGCAGUAAGCUUUCAACUUUGUUAUUACAGAAAAAUCCGGAACUAAGAGUGAUUCCUGAUUCAUUCUUUGGAUACAUGAAAAGUCUAUUAGUUCUAGAUUUACAUGACACUGGAAUUAAGUUAUUACCACCUUCUAUAUCUUUGUUAAGGCGUCUCAAAGCAUUGUAUCUGCAUUCUUGCGUCAGUCUAAUGAAAAUCCACUUAGAUGGACUUAUGCAUCUUGAGGUGCUUGAUAUUCGAGGCACUCAGCUUAAUCAUUUUCCAUUUGAUAUUAAACAUUUGGUUCAGUUGAAGUGUUUACGUAUGUCAUGGUUGAAUUUUGGCUUUAGAGAUUCAAGUGAUGUAGAAUAUUGUCAAAAUGUCUUUUCAAGUCUUACUUUAUUGGAAGAGCUACAAAUAGAUGUGGAUCCAAAUAGUCAAAGUUGGGAGCAUACUGCAAAGGUUAUUUCUGAGGAAGUGGCUAGCUUGACACAUUUGACUUCGCUUUCAAUUUGCUUCCCUACAGUAGCUUGUCUUGAUGUUUUUAUCUCAAUGAGCCCAACGUGGAAAGAUUGCCCCUUCACAUUUCAAUUUUCUGUUGGUUGUCAUGACACGGGCCUUUAUAAAAUUCUUGAUUGCUUUGAAUAUCAAAAUAUGAAUUGUUUGAAGUUUGCAAAUGGUGAACUUGUAGAUCCAAUAAUUUCAGGUGUUCUUUUGAAGACUCAUGCAUUCGAAUGGAUCGGCCACAAGGGAUCUUCAAGACUAUCAGAUUUUGGUAUUGAUAGUAUCAACAAGAUGCGAGGUUGUUUGAUUGAAGGAUGCAAUGAAAUUGAAACGAUUGUUGAUGGUAACCGUAUAGAUGGAAGGGCAUUAAUAUGCUUGGAAAAGAUGGUCAUAAAUAAUGUUCUAGAAUUGAAAACCAUUUGGGAAGGUCCUAUACAUAGUGAAAGCCUAUCACAGCUAACAACUUUAACUUUAAGCAAAUGUUUGAAGUUGAAGAUGAUAUUCUCUAGUGGCAUGAUUAAAGUACUCUCUAAACUUCAACACUUAGAAGUUGAAGAGUGCCUUGAACUUGAAGAGAUAAUUACAGUGUCUGAGAAUAAUGGGAUGGAACCUGACGUGCUUCCAAAAUUAAAGAUGUUAGUACUUUCUAAUCUUCCAAAAGUGACAAGCAUUUGGAUAGACGACUCAUUAAAAUGGUCAUCUUUAGAGAAGAUUAAGAUAUGCAUGUGCAAAAUGUUGACAAAAUUGCCUUUCAACAAUGAGAAUGCAAUCAACUUGAGAUGUAUUGAAGCACAUGAAUCAUGGUGGAGUGAAUUGGAAUGGGAAGAUGAUGCUAUUAAAGAAAGAUUAAGUUCUAUAUGGUUUCAAUCUCCUUCACAGUAGUUCUUCUGGAUGAGAUGUUUGAAGUUGAAGGCAUUCUCCAAUGACAUGAUUGAACAACUCUUUGAACUUCAACACUUAAGAGUUGAAAAGUGACUUGGAAUUAAAGUGAUAAUUAUGGUUGGAAUUUGGAAAUGCAUUUGGUUUGAUGACUCGUUGAAGUGGCUAUAUUUAGAGAGGAUUUCAAUAUUUAUUUGCUCAAUGUUGACAAAAUUGCCCUUAAAAUGAGAAUGUAGUUAAUUUGGGACAUAUUGAAGGCAAUGGUGUUAAUUUUUAUGGUGAGAAGAUGCUAUUGAACAAUUAUUACAAUCUAUAUACAUUUUAAACUAGCGCAUUUGGUUUCAUUCUUGUUCACAACUUUCCCGUGUAAGGGGGGGAGAAUGUUUGCUCCAAAC